UUGAUAAGCUGGAUGAAAUUAUUUUUCCUUUCUGAGCGGAACUAUUGAAAGUCCUGCGCGUCUACUUGUACCAUUAGCGAGCCUUUGCUGAAUUAGAGCCCCUUUAAUGAAAAGACAAACCGGCCAGGCAGCAGAGCCGGGUUGCUAUAGCGCUUCACCUUGUGCGUUCAUCUCUGUGAACCUUUCCUGUUCUGCCUCUCUGCAACUCUCCUGAGCUGCUGCUGCUGCUGCUGAUGGUGCUGAUACUGUGGUGGAUUAACUGUCUCUUAGACCUGCCUGACAACAAGCCUUCUCUCUCUCUCUCUCUCUCUCUCUCUCUCUCUUUCAUCACUUUCUUUGUCCAAGAAGAGAAGUCAGCCUGCAGAGCCUUGACUGCUGUUGCUAGUGUCUCCUUUCUCUUAGAGUGACACACACAUAAAUCAUCGCUUCAGUUUGCUGCUCUGCACCAGAAGAGUGAAUGUCUGCAGGAGGAUACUGAUCCUGACUGACUGAAAGCUGACAUCGGUCCCACAACAUCUUGAGAAUCUUAAUCUGGGGCCAAGAGGGAUGGCGGCAGAAGUCUGCAAUCCGGGCGUAGCAAUGGAUUCAGGUAACCCAUUGCUAAAAGCAGUUUUCCUCAGACGACUCAGGCUCACAAGGCUGCUUUUAGAGGGCGGGGCAUACAUCAAUGAGAGUGACAGCCAAGGCCAGACACCCUUAAUGGUGGCUUGUCGGACCAAGCAUACCGACUCCCAGAGUGCCAGUCGGGUUAAGCUGAUCCAAUUUCUCUUGGAGAGAGGAGCAGAUCCAAACAUUCAGGAUAAGGAAGGACGCUCUGCGUUGAUGCACGCCUGCCGGGAUCAGACCGGUCCCGAGGUGGUGUCUUUGCUCCUGGCCAGCGGAGCCGACAUCAGCUUAGAGGACCAGUCCGGAACAUCAGCGUUGGUCUACGCUGUCGUGGCCGGAGACUGGAAGGUACUGAAGCUUUUGCUCGACACAUGCAAGGCAAAAGGGAAGGAGGUGAUCAUCAUAACCACUGACAAGUUUCCAAAUGGAAACCUGUCAGCCAAGCAGUACCUCAGCAUGCCUGUAGCCGAUCCCGUCAAUGAGACCGAUCCGAUUACAGCAGCGGCUCCUGCGUCUCCCUCUGAAAUACAGCUGAUCACCUCCCCGCAGUGCACGUCCUCCUCUCUAUGUCCCCCCAAGCAAGUGUUUUCUUUUAAAGAAGGACAGAUCUGCGGUGCCAGCUCCCAUCCGUGUUCGCCGUCUCGGUUUCGAGGACUCGGACAAGCAACGCCCGGCGGACUACAGCAACCUCUACAGAGACUGAACUCUGAGCCUUGGUUAAAGAUUCCAGCAUCUCUGCUUACUGAACCACGCCAGGCAACUUUUAACCUGACUGAAGAUAUUUCCUUUAUCGUUCCCAACCUGGAGAGGGACAGCAGCAAUAGCCCCAAAGGCUUCAGACAUUAUGGAAGAAGAUUAGCAAAGGAUAGAAGCAUAGAAGAUGGCAAGAAUGACUGUAGUGAAUGUGAAGGAGACAUGAUUUCUUUAUCAGGUCUGCUUUCGUCCCACUCUGCCUCUCACCCCAACCUGCACUCUGAAACUCAUGGCACAGACCCAGCCGCCGGCUCUUCAACUCUUUGUAGUGGCAGCAACCUUGGUGCGACCUUUCACAGCAUGGCCUCAUCGAGCCUCAAUCAUGUCAUACAGACACACAAGUUGGGCGCAGAUAUCUACGGCUCCGACCCACAGCUAGCUGUGGAUCUUCAAAGUCUCUCUGAAGAACAGAGAGACAAAGCAGACGGCAAGAAACUGGCGCCGCUGCGUUGCUCGACCACGAUGGGCUCCAGGGACUCCCUGAAAGGCCACAGCAAGAGAGUGUUCUCUUUGUAUGAGCGCAGGGGUUCCGGGACGUUCCUGCUGGACCACAACCAUCAGGCCAGGCCUAGAUCUCUGCCACCGUUGACCAAAAACCCCAACAUCAAUGUUGCUAGUAAUGGUUUGGGCAACGGAAGCGUUUUCUCCGAAAAAGAGCUCGGUCAGAAGGGUUUCCUGCCCUGCGCCCCGCCCGGACAACCAAAGGAACUGACCCGGAGGAUGCUGCUGAGGAGACACUCGAUGCAGACCGAACAGUUCAAAAGCUCCGUCUGAAAACGAGCUACAGGGAAAGAGAGUGUUCACUGUGUUCAAGGCGGCUGCUGCUGUGAAAUCAUUGUGAAAUUUGUUACGAUAAAAAUAAAUAAAAAAAACAAAGUAUACUCAAACACACCCUGGGCUUGAGAUAGAAAACAGGCAACACAGUACAGUGCUGUGAAAAAGUAUUUAUCCCCCUCAAAAUUUCUUCUUUUUUUUUUGCAUUUCUGGUAAACUUAAAUGUUGCAGAUUGCAAGACAAACAUAUCUAGAGUAAAUAUUGAUGAGCAAUUUCCAAUGAUUGUCUGUUUUAUUAAUGGAAAUGUGACAGCCAAACCAACCCACUAAUCCAAACCUGGUUGUCCCGCCCUAAUGAGCAACAACUGAUAAGGGCGAGACAAGAGAUUAAAUGUUUGCACUGAGUCAAUGAGAAAAUCCUGAAGAAGAUCAUUGAUUCUGGAACUUAAGCUCAAGCAUUUUGUUGUUAUGCACCGUUACUUGUCAAUAAAGAAGGCUUGUACAUUGGCCAGCUUUGUAAACCACUGAAAACACAUCUUUACUCUUUGGCUUUAAGUUUUAGUGAUGCUUUUAAGUUCUGAUAUAGUCUUCAUGUGCUUGUUUUCGUAAAUGUUAGUUAUCUUAACCCCAUUUUUAAAAAAAUCCUAUCUUAAUUUACCUCCAUUUUAUCUCAUCCCUCUUUGUUUUCUUAUUUGAUAUUCAUUCUUAUUUCUUACUUUGAUUCUUUGCUUAUUUCAACUUGUACAACCGUUUGACAAGAAAAGGAAGCAAAACACAGCACCAAGUCUUCGUUUGUAUAGGAAGUGUUGCUGGUCAAAAUAUCCUCUGAUAAUUGUUGCUAAUAAGGUGCAGAUCUAUGUAAGACCAAGCUGGUUUGAGCAACUUUUUCACACUUGGAAACUCGUUUUUGAAUCCAGUUCUUCUUCACAGCACUGUACCUCAGUGACAUUCCAGCACCAGGAUGCAUUAUGUUGUUUGUUGCUUCAGGUUCUGUCCACACUAUCCCAGGUAUGUUGUAAAAAUGACACUUUGUGCUCUCUGUGUAAAUCUCCUCCACAUCUAGAUAGAUUCUGGGGAAUAACUUAAAAAAAAACAAACAAAAAAAACAGUCUACCAAUGUAGACAUGUAGAGAUUUU